GGGGAGGGGGCCUGCUUCCGCCGGACGCCGGAAGUGGCCGUCCGCCCCUGCCAGUAGGCCAUGGAAACAGAGGCACAGUAGUGUCUGAGGUGUGAGGAUUGCGGGGUGGCGGCCAUGGAGGCCGUGCUGAACGAGCUGGUGUCUGUGGACGACCUGGUGAAGUUCGAAAAGAAGUUUCAGUCGGAGCAGGCCGCGGGCGCCGUGUGCAAGAGCACGCAGUUCGAGUACGCCUGGUGCCUGGUGCGGAGCAAGUACAACGAGGACAUCCGGAAAGGCAUCGCCCUGCUGGAGGAACUGCUGCCCAAGGGAAGCAAAGAGGAACAGCGGGAUUACGUCUUCUACCUGGCCGUGGGGAAUUACCGGCUCAAGGAAUAUGAGAAGGCCCUGAAAUACGUGCGCGGGCUGCUGCAGACGGAGCCCCAAAACAACCAGGCUAAGGAACUGGAGCGGCUCAUCGACAAGGCCAUGAAGAAAGAUGGGCUGGUGGGCAUGGCCAUCGUCGGAGGCAUGGCCCUGGGCGUGGCGGGCUUGGCUGGACUCAUCGGACUCGCUGUCUCCAAGUCCAAACCCUGAAGGACGCACGGCGCCCCGCCCCUGCCCAGGGACACGUGGGAGCCCAGGAGGACACUCCGAGGGGCCUAUCUGUCCGCGCUGGCUUCAGCCUCCGCUCCCUGAGCCCUGCCCUGGGGCCCCAAACCAUGUACUUGGGAUAAGUGUAAUAAACUGGCUCUGGACUCAG